GUCAGCUAGUCAAACACGCACACUACGAAACGAAUCAAGCUCGGGUAUUGUCAUUCACAUCUGUUUUCAUAAAUUGUUGUUAUAGUUUGUGUAUAAACGUAAUUUAUUCUCAAUUUAUUUAUUGAUGAGUGUUAGAAUUAAUUUAAAACGGUUGUUUGAGUGAUUGUGUUAUCAAGUAAUGUUUGUUUGGGUCCUUAUUUAUUUUUUUUACUUGUGACGUCAUUGUUUUCAACUGCCAGUAUAAACGACGCAAUAACUUAAAAUUUCGAAAAUGGACUUAAAAUGAGGAUUGUUUUCGUAAACAAGGUCAGGCCACGCAAUGUCGGCGGAGUCCCCGCGGCACGCGCGGGCGGGUGGGCCGCUCACCGUGCCCGCUCAGCCGCCCAGCGACCGCGGCCUCAUCGACGCGGUGUCAGGCUUCAUCAACGACGUCACGCUUUCCUCCUCCUCCACCGCGGACCCUAAAGACGUCAUACAAUGGGCUCGGUUCGAGACAGCAGACAUAAACGAGCCGGCGCCGGAAGGCGACUGCGACGCCGAUAUCUCCCCCCUGCUGUUGAUCCUGGGCUACGGCUCCGGAGUCCAGGUCUGGUUGAUCCCCCCGAGCGGGGAAGCGCAGGAGGUUCUGUCAUGGCGUCAAGGCACAGUGAGGGUGCUCCGUAUACUGCCAACCCCGCAGCACGGCGACUGUUUCACGUCGAAAAGGCCCCUCAUAGCCCUGUGUGACUCCGCGAGUCCCGGACCCACGUUCUGCUCUCUCAGCUUUAUAUCCAUAAGAGGAGGAGAGCAGGUGAAGAGUAUAAAAUUCAAGAAUCCAAUCCUCGACGUACUGGCCAACAAGCGGUCGGUGGUCGUGGCCUUUUCUGAGAGAUUCGCCGUGUUCGACGCGGGCACGUUAGAGGACAGGAUGGCCAUAACGACUUGCUAUCCGUGCCCGUGCCCCUUGGGGGGUAGCCAGCCCAUCAACCCCUUGGCGCUGGGAGACCGCUGGUUGGCGUACGCUGAUAAGAAACUUCACCCUUCGAAGAGAAGCAGUGGCGGGUGUGAAGGCGAAGGUGUAACGAGCUAUACAGCCACUGUCCUGCACGCAGCGAAGUCUCUCAGCAAGGGCCUACGAGGCCUUGGAGAAAGUGUGGCCCACAGUUUAGCAGGCGGGCGAAGCACCUCGCAGUCGCCGUCGCCGCCCAAUAGCGACGCGCAGCAGGCGGGCGUCGUCACCAUCCUAGAUAUAGAGAGCAAUGAAUACGACGACGGGCAAGACAACGAAGACCCGUACGACCCCAUCGUGGCCCACUUCCUAGCCCACUCCGAGGCCAUCAUCGCGUUGAAGUUCGACGCCAGCGGUAUGCUGCUGGUGACCGCGGACCGCCGCGGGCACGACUUCCACGUAUUCCGCAUUAACCCACACCCCUGCGGCCCGAGUCUCGCCUCCGUGCACCAUCUGUAUAUACUGCACAGGGGGGACACUACGGCUAAAGUGCAGGACAUCGCGAUAUCGCCAGACUCGCGCUGGACGGCAAUCACAACGCUCCGCGGCACCACGCAUGUGUUCGCGAUCAGCCCGUACGGCGGCGCGUGCGGAGUGCGCACACACACACAGCCGCGCGUCGUCAACCGUCUGUCGCGCUUCCAGCGCUCCGCCGGCCUGCCCAUACACGCAACGCCGCCGCGCUCCGGUAGCCCCGUGAGCGAAUGCCUCGGGCAGGGCGCCUGGUUCCCCAACCCGCGCUUGCCGCCGUACCCGCUGCCGUGCCUGUGCGCGCCGCUCGCGCAGCUGCGCCCCACCGCCAACCUGCCCACGCGCACCAUCACCCGCACCAGCUCAGGCCGGCAACGCUUGUCGUCGCUGUCGGAGGACUGCAACAGCGCGCCGCUGCCAGCUCGCGCGCGCUUCGGGCUGUCGGUGUGCAGUGCGGCAACGCCGCGCGCGCCGGCCAUGCCCGCGCUGUAUCUCGUCACGCACACCGGCGGCCUGCUGCACUUAGUGCUCCACGCCCGCCCUGCUAGGAGUAUCCCGAAAGAAAAAGUGUGUGACGAGUCUCCGAUCGAGGUGGAGGUGGAGCAUGUCGCGCAGUGGGCGCUGGCGCGGCCACCACCGCCGGCACCCGACCUGCUGGCGCCGCUGCCGCCCACCAGCCCGCUGCUGCAGCCGAUAGGCAACAAGUUGAGCUGUGCGGACAUAUGCAUGAGCGAAGAGGAGCGCUGGCUGUCGCAAGUGGAGAUAGUGACCCAUGCCGGGCCCCACAGGAGAUUGUGGAUGGGGCCUCAGUUCAUCUUCAAAACUUAUAACACCACUGGGUCGAACUCAUCUCUCUCCGAAGCGGAGGCGGUGGAGGUGGACACGAGCGCAGCGGGAAGCGUGGCGCGCUCCAACCCCGUCAACAUGCCGGGUGUGCGGCCCGUGGUGCCCGUCAUGGUCGACUCCGGCUCCGCCAGUUCCCUCGAGCACUCCCCGUCGGACAGUUUCCGGCGCAAGUCGCUGCUGGCCGACAGCGGCCGCGCGUCCGUGUGCGACGUACAGCUGCGAGAGGACCUCGCCGAGGCAAUGAAGGAGGACCACGGUACGUACCCUCCCUGAGACUACCUUGUUGAGGCGCGGACGGCGCGGCGCUGGGGCGCGGGGGCGGGCGUGCGGCGCGCCGUGGACCCGCUCGGCACCGUGGUGCCGCGCGCCGAGCCCGAGCCCGGCCCCGAGCCCGCCGACCCCGACCUGUACACGCAGGCCAACGCCGACGAGGGCCGCUUCCGGCCCGUCGUGCGCGCGCCCGCCGCGCUCGGCCUGCCCCAGCACGUCAUCGCGCGCCCGCUGCCGCGCGACACCACCAUCCCCGUGCAGACCGUCGCGCCCGCCGGGCACCUCACCCCCCCGGACGAGCCCGUGCCGCUCAACACCGACGUGGUCAUCCCCGCCGCGCUCUCUGCCGCGCCGGCCCGUGCCCGCCCCGUGCCCGUGCCCGGGCAGGACUCCGGGUUCGUGCCCGUCGAGCGCGCCGAGCGACGGACCGUUCCCCCCGUAGAUGUGGUCGAUGUUAGACCCGACGUAGAUAAAGAUCGUAAAGAUCUCGAGCGAGAGAGUGAUGUAUGGAAGCGUGAGGACCCCCGUGUGAGCUCGGCCCCGGCCGAGCGCGAGAGCAAUAAGGAAUCACUGCCAAAAUCGAAUCGGGCCUCGGAUGAUAUUCAACCGAUCGCCCGAGCUAGAGUUAAGAAAUCUCCCACCCCAAAGUCAGUUAGUGAUAGAGAUAGUGAAGUUAAAUUUAAGGAAAAACCUAGAGAUAUUAAGGAACGGGAGAAGAAUACCGAAGGUGCUAGUAGGGAUGAUUGCGAGCUCAAGGAGUCGAGAGUUCCGAAGAAGAUAGAGGGCAAGCCCGAUGUUGUUGUUGUUGAUGAUGGAAAAGUAGAUAAGCGAACCGUGUCGGUUGUUAAAGAGGAAGCGCCAGUCACGAAUACCGUUUCGGUUAACGUGGAGGACACUCGUCCAAAAUCCAAGCAUCUGGAUAAAACUGAGAAAUCAAAAGUAACUGAAGAUAAUCGCGAUAAAUCCAAAAAAGGCGACAAGAAUGAGACUUUGACUAAAGACACUCAUGAUAAAUCUAAAAAAGUUGACAAAGCAGAUAUUAUUGUAAAAGGCGCAACAGAAGAAACCUGUGACAAGACUAAAAAGAAUAAUCAAAUUGACCCUAUAAAGCCACCUAUGGAUGAAGGCCGUGAGAAGACCAAAAAAAUUGAAAAUGUAAAACCAGUUACAGAAGAAGUUUCUGAAAAGUUGAUAAAAGUUGAACAUACGGAUAUUGCAAAAGCAGAAGAACAAGCUUGGGAUUUGCUUUUCAACGAAUCAGAAAGGCCUGCAAUUUUGAACGUAACGCAACAAACAAUUGCUACUGACAAAUUCGAUGAUAAACCUAAAUCCAAGAAAACUCGUAAAGGUAAAAAAGGGCAAGAAGAUCUGCAAGCUAAAGAAGAUGAAGAUAGUUUUAUAGAGAUUCAUGCGAUUGAUGAAGCUAAAACACCUUCUUGUGGCGAGCUGGUAUCCAUUUCCACGCCAUUCGAAGACAUCGAUUCGACUACUUAUUUGGAAAAAUUAAAGAAACCUCGUUCAUCCAGGAGUGUCACUUCUGAAAAAGAUGACGAAUCAGAGGUUAAGGCAGUUGAAUGCUUCCCUGACGAUGGCUACGAACUUACUUCACUUAAACUGAAGAGCAGGAAGAAUUCUUCCGUAUCAUCUUUCAUGGAGGGUUGGCCUGAACCGAGUCCUGUCAAAUCGACCCCAUUGCCAAUAGAAAAAACACCAUCAAGUCACCUGAACGUGAAACAUGAUGUUUUAAGUACUAGUGAAAUCUCAUCCACUUCGCCUAAAGACGUCCCUAAAACGAAGAAGAGCAAAUCAUUGUCUCCAUAUUCCGAUGCCAGUAGAAAACAUGGUGACAGAUCAUUCGAAGCCGAGAAAAAAGAUGUUUACGUUAUCGAUUCUACGAAUGACGAAUUUCCUGAAAUUAAAAUUACAAGAGGCAGCAAGACCCGGAAGUCGCCUCAGCCGAUGGAAAGAAAAAGCGUGGAAAAAGAGAUUCUUCAAGAGAAACCAAUAAAAUCCUGGAGUUCCAUAGCUGCUACGAGAAACGAUAAAAGAGAUGAACCUACUAUGGCCUUGAAAAAAUAUGAAAGACGUGACUCUUGGGAAGAACCUCAUGUAGGUGCUAGUUUAGAUUAUCCGAAGUCUUUCAAAGACGAUCGCGUGUCCUUGCAGGAUAAACUUAUUGAACUCUGCAAGAGAACUGACAUUAUGGUUGCAGAAUGUGACGCUCCAAAUGAGCUUAACUUUGUUGAAGAACACCAUACAGAUCUGCACGAUCUGCCACCGUUAGAACCCUUAGAUUUCGGCUUAGACGACUACAAACUUGAAGUCAUGAGAGACAGUCUGUUGGAAGUGAACGAUACAAAAAUUAAUAGUCCGAUAUGCAAAAUAAACAUUGACGAUAUACUAUCGUCUAUUAAAGAAACCACAAGUAAAGUAAUAGAAUCGAGUACCUUCAAUUUAGUUGAUUUGGAGAAGGUGCCAGCCAGGAAGGAAAAAGGUUUUAGUGUUAUCGAGAGUCAUAAGAUUAGGACUCAAGAGGUGAAAAUAGAUGAUGAAAGCAAAGAAGGGGAGAGUUCGACGAUGGAAAAGUCGUCGGACGACGACAAUGUGUCGCCCCUGGCGUCCACCGACAGCGACAAGGAAGACAAACGGACCGCCGGUGCUGCUAGUGUGCUUCUCCCUUCCGCAAAGCAAUCAUCCAAAUGUAAGAAAUCGCGCAGAAAGAAGAAGUAACUCUAAAGUAUGUGUUCAAAAUCAUUAUAGCUUCAUAUUUAUAUUAUAGUGUCGCAAUGUCACUUCGUGAAUAUCAAUAUUUGAUGCUAAUUACAUAAAUACAAUUAAUAGGUUAUGAACGGUCAAAAAACAUCAUAAUUAUUUUUAACCACUAUGAUUUUCAAACUUACUUUUAACAUAAAAUUUUCAAAAAAAUUCUCUACUUAUGCCACAAUAAUUAAAAAAGAAAAAAUAAAAAUACAUAAAAAUCAUUGAAAAUGACAAAAAUAUUGUUAACGGUUUCUUUAUGAAGAUAGUUAAAUAUAACAGCGAGCGAUCUUCCGUUUUGUUCAUGUUUUUUGAUAAAAAUGCUUAAUCUGAACGUAUCGUCUGAACAAUUUUGUCAGAAACUAUCUUCAUAAAAAAAUAUAGUUAAGCAUUACAACAGUGCUGCUACAGUACUUAUUUUUUAGAUUAUAUAAUUACUUUAUACAUAGCGUUGUAGUGUUUGUAGUAAACUUCAAUGACGGACACUACGUUAGAUACUAUUUUGCUUUCAUUACCAACGCAUGCGAAUGUAAUGUAACCUUCUUGGCUCUGCCAUAGUUGAGUAUCUGUUCGGCCAGUACGACAAGAAAGUACCUCAUUAUUUACCAUUUAAAAAACCUUAAUCAUAUUUUUUGCGGUAUCUAAUAGAAUCUCGAAUGUGUGCUUUUUUCAGCUAUUUCGAUAAUAUACAUUAUUGUAUUUAUUACCAUAUACCUCAACAUACGUUGAUUAACAAUUCGCACUGGCCCGCUAACGCUG